CCUCCGCCUCCGCCUCCGCAGCCCGCCGCUCGGGCUGCGGCUCCUCCCCGGGGCCGGUUCCCGCUGUCUCAGCUGCGGCGCCGAGGGGACACCGGCGUGACUGACGGACCGGCCGCCGGCGCCGGGAGCCGCCGCGUCCAGCCCGGCCCGCCCGGCCGGGGACCCGGGACCGAGUCCGCGCUCCGCGCCCCUCGCCCUUCGCCCCGGCGGGCUCCCGGCCGGCGAGCCUCGCGGCGGCCCUUCCCGGGCGGCGCCGCAGCCACCGCCCGCGCCCGGAGACAGGUAGUUCCUUUCUGUCUGGAGAAUCUGAAUGGAGAGAUGGUCCUUUAACAGGAAAAUUGUACCACCCUAUCCAGUUUGCAAAUAAAGACUUUCUGACCAUCGUUCAAAACUCAACUUUUAAAACUUCAGAAGGAAGGAAUUGAGCAAAAUUUACCCUGGCUGAAAACAGUGAAGUCACAUUUCACAGUUAAAAGACUAUUAAGAAGACAAGAUGGGGACUCCUGGUUCUGGAAGGAAAAGGACACCUGUGAAAGACCGAUUUUCUGCAGAAGAUGAAGCUUUGAGUAGCAUUGCCAGAGAGGCAGAGGCAAGACUGGCAGCAAAACGGGCUGCCCGGGCAGAAGCAAGAGAUAUCCGCAUGAGAGAACUGGAACGGCAGCAGAAAGAGCACUCUCAUCAUUCCUUUGAUCGGAAGUGGGGACAGAUUCACAAGUGGCUGGAAGAGUCAGAAAGGGCCAGGUAUUCCCACCGGUCCAGUCACCAUCGUCCUUCUCUGGGAGUUGAGGAUGCAUUGUCCAUUCGAAGUCUUGGCAGUCACAGGAACCUAUUGAAGGACGUAACGGGGACACAUUGGAGCAGAGCCAGUACACCCAAAAGGAAAGACAUCAUGUAUGAUGCUUUCAAAGAUAGAUCGUCAAGACUGUCAUCAUUAAAUCAUUCUUACAGUCCCUCUUAUGGAAUGAAGAAGAGAUCUUCUGCUUCUCAUAAAGACCCGCUGAGUGGCCUCUACUUUGACCAGAGAAACUACAGCAGUCUUAGAUAUAGCAAACCCACCUCUGCCUACUAUACUCGGCAGUCUUCUUCCCUGUACAGCGACCCUCUGGCGACAUCUAAGAGCUACAGGGCCUCCCCUACUGCAAAUUCUGGUCUGCUGAGAAGUGCCAGUCUGGUGUCACUGUAUGAUGGUGGAUUAUAUAACCCUUAUGGUUCUCGAACUCCAUCUGAGUACAGUUUUCACUCAUCAAGAACAAGUUCAGCCCGCAGCAGUCCUGUGUUUAUCGACGACGACACUGCGAGCAUUGCGUCUUCUGGUCGUUCCGGCCGUGGGCGAAGGGAGAGUGUGGUUUCUGCUGCUGAUUAUUUUAGUCGCUCCAAUCGAAGGGGGAGCGUGAUCUCCGACGUGGAUGAUGUCAGCAUCCCAGAUCUGACCAGCUUGGAUGAAAAAUCUGACAAACAGUAUGCUGAAAAUUACACGAGGCCUUCAUCUCGAAAUUCUGCCUCAGCAACAACCCCUCUAAGUGGAAACUCAUCCAGACGAGGAAGCGGGGACACCAGCAGCUUAGUAGAUCCAGACACCUCAUUAAGUGAAUUGCGGGAUAUCUAUGACCUUAAGGACCAGAUACAGGAUGUAGAAGGGAGAUACAUGCAGGGGCUUAAGGAGCUAAAGGAGUCUUUGUCUGAAGUGGAAGAAAAAUACAAGAAAGCCAUGGUUUCCAAUGCACAGUUAGACAAUGAGAAGAACAAUUUGAUAUACCAAGUAGAUACCCUCAAGGAUGUUAUUGAAGAGCAGGAGGAACAGAUGGCGGAAUUUUAUAGAGAAAAUGAAGAAAAAUCAAAGGAGUUAGAAAGGCAGAAGCAUAUGUGUAGUGUGCUACAGCACAAGAUGGAUGAACUUAAAGAAGGCCUCCGACAAAGAGAUGAGCUAAUUGAGGAGAAUCAGCGUGCGCAGCAGAAAAUAGACACCAUGACAAAAGAGGUGUUUGAACUCCAGGAGACGCUGCUUUGGAAAGAUAAAAGCAUUAGGGCCCUAGAGAAACAGAAAGAAUACAUUGGCUGCCUUAGGAGUGAGCGGGACUCGCUCAGAGAGGAGCUGGCCGAGCGGAAGGCGGCAGUGGAGACGGGAGAGAAACAUGGCUUAGUCAUCAUCCCCGACGGCACUCCCAACGGCGACAUCCACCAGGAGCCAGUGGUCGGAGCCAUCACUGUUGUGUCUCAGGAAGCCGCUCAGGUCUUGGAGUCGGCAGGAGAAGGGCCGCUGGAUGUAAGGCUACGAAAACUUGCUGGAGAAAAGGAAGAGCUACUAUCACAGAUUAGAAAACUAAAGCUGCAGUUGGAGGAGGAGCGGCAGAAGUGCCCCAGGAGCGACGGCACAGCCGGCGACCUGGCAGGCCUGCAGAAUGGCUCAGACCUGCAGCUCAUCGAGAUGCAGAGAGAUGCCAACAGACAAAUUAGUGAAUACAAGUUUAAGCUUUCAAAAGCAGAACAGGAUAUAACCACCCUGGAGCAAAGUAUCAGCCGCCUGGAGGGGCAGGUGCUGAGAUAUAAAACCGCUGCUGAGAAUGCGGAGAAAGUCGAGGAUGAACUGAAAGCAGAAAAGAGAAAGCUACAGCGAGAGUUACGAACGGCACUGGACAAGAUCGAGGAGAUGGAGAUGACCAACAACCACCUGGCCAAGCGACUAGAGAAGAUGAAGGCCAAUAGGACAGCAAUGCUGGCCCAGCAAUAGGGAGGCCGCCCUGCCACUCGGGCCCCGCCCGGAGGGACUGACCUUUCGUCCACUGACUCAGACCCCUUUCAGGACUGUUUUGAGCUUUGUCAAUAAAAUAGCCACCUUUGUAUUUUAUAAUUUAUGAGAGAAUGAAACAGGUUUGAAUCUUCA